UUUAUGGUCGUUGAUUAUAUAAAUAUGUAGUCAAAAUUUCAAAAUUUUUAAUGAUCAAAAUGAGUUUCGCUUAAAUCUAACAAAUUUUAAAUUUUGGUUCGCCGAGUAUAGAUUUUGGAAUUUUUAUUGCAAGUUCUUUAUCAACAACCUUAAAAAAUUGUAUACAAUAACAUACAGGAAUACAACAAGCAUUUUGAUCCGUCACAUUAAAUCCGCCACAUUAAAAUUAAGUAGCGAUGUUUUUUUUUAUAUUCUUACGUUAAACCCAAAAAGAACCCCAUUAUCUUAAUUUUUGUGGAACUUAUACAUGUAUAUGUAUAAUUUUCAUUUUCACUCAAUUUUUAUGUGCAGAGAUGAAACUCAUAAGCGUGUCGAUUUUUGUAAAAAGUCCUAUUCUUUAUCUUUAAAAUGAGCCCAGAAAGAAGUUGCUACUUCUACUUUUAUGGAAAAUAAGAAUUUUUGAAGAACCGGGAUAUAUUUAUUCCACCAGGUGCACGAAAGGGUUAAAUAUCAACUUGAAAAACUUUACUGUUAAUCACAUCAUAAAUAAAAAAUUUCAUAAUGUCUAUCUUCUCUUUUUACAGCUAAAUUAAAAAAAUGUUAUUUACACAUUAAAAAAUAUUUACAUAUUGUCACAAAAUAUCUAUACGAUACAAAAUAUUAAAUUUCUUCGAAGUCUUAUGUGUCGAAAACGGAGCAAAAGUUGAAUUGUUUAGAUUUUAGGAGACAUGAAGUCGCUGCGCGUCUUGACGUUGACGGGCAAUCCAGUGAUCAAGCAGAUAAAAAUGUAUCGCAAGACGAUGAUCCUUAAAUGCAAGAAUCUUCAGUAUCUAGAUGAUCGACCGGUGUUCCCACGUGAUCGUGCCUGCGCCGAGGCUUGGUAAAUUUAUCAGCCAGAACAACCUGAAAAGGUAAUAUCUCGUAUUAGUCUUAAAACAUCUUUGAAUCCAGGAUGCGCGGCGGUGUUGACGAGGAGCUGGCCGAGAGAAAUCGAUGGAUCCAGGCGGAACAGAAGAAAAUCAAUGAUAGUGUCACGGCCCUGAUAAACAAAAGGAAGCUGUGCAAACCGGUCGAGACGUCCGAAAAGGAGGCGACGGAUAAGAAGAAGAAGAAGGAGGAGGAAGAGGAGAAGGAGGAGGAGGAGGCUGAAGAAGUCGCCACGAAAUCAAGCGCGCGCACCGCAACGAAGAGCAGCGGACUGGUAAGAACUAGUUUCGUCAAGGUCUGGUACAGAAUUCGUGCUUUGAAUAAUAUCAUCACCAUCGGUCCCGUCGGCUAUUUGAUCAUUCCACGUAAAACCCGCACACCUUCAUCUCCUGCACCCAUAAUAUCGGCCAUGAUGAACACACCAAAGCUCGACCUGGAAAGAAAGAAAAAAUCCGAGGCGCGAUCCUUCCUCGGUUCCUGCGACUCUCCAUCGUCGUCGUCGUCGUCAUCGUCGGCAGACGAACAGCUUGCGAGCGACGAAGAAAACGAAUACGCGCGGCAAAAAGGAGGCGAGGAAAGUGACGGAAGGAGGCCAAUGGCGGAGCAAGAGAGAAAAGUUUCCGAUGGAAACAACGAGGAACUUUUGUUGCCCUGGAAAGCUAAGGUAUGUGAUUCUUAUCCUCUUGUAACGAAUAAGAAUUUAAGGAGAGAUACAAAGUUGUUCAUCUAUUCCUCGUUCGACAAGGUUCGAGAAGAGAUCCGACCGCGAACUCUGAUCGAAGAAAUAGCAAAAUCCGAACGACAUGUCGCCGAUGACGCGGAAAGAAAAUGCCAACAAAUUUGGAAUAAUUGUAAAAGCGCACACGAUUCACUCGAUGUUUGUAUCAUCAAUGGGGAGACUACUGCUUCUAGAAAAGUGAUACUAGAAUCACAAAGAGAAAAAGAAAAGACAGCGGAUCUGCAAGCAUCGAUCAGUGGCAAUAACGUAACGAAUGAUCGUAAAAACGAGAGACCGUCUACCUGUUCAAUAUCGUGCGAUACAUCGGAUUUAAAACAGGUGUUAGAAGAAAACCACAAAUUUGCAAAUACAGUCACCAUGGUGAAUGACGACGUAUCAAAUAAAAAUACCCAGACCUAUCAAAAAAAAGGCAAGAAACAUCCGUUCGGUUCUAAACUUAGCAGCAUCCGAGAAGAGAUGAAGGAAUUCUGCGACAGUAUGGAUAGGUUUGUUGACGAAAACAGGAUAGUGUUCAAGAACGGCGAAGUGGAAGGAUUCUGGGGCGAGAGGAAGGUAGCAGACGAGAAUUUGCAGACUGAUUUUAUUGAUGAUAGCAAGAUCCAAGAAAGCGAGACCAAGGUUUCCGCGAGCGAGGAAGAUGAACUGCGAUGGUGGUGCACCAAGGAAAGAAAACUGAAGGUCAUGGAGAUCUUAAAGAAACGGGAGGACGAAGCAAAAAGAAACAAAGUAGAAACAGAAAAUACCGAAAUGAAUGAAAAAUCCGAUCGCUAUUCAUCGAAAGAUAAAAAGCAGCCGACCGAUAUUACAGAUGAUUCUCAGGGUGUCUACGACUUGAUGACACUGAAGACCUGCCUGCCAAAUGCUCUUUCGGAUUCGGCGGGAACAUAUUCUGUAAAGGACGCGGGAAGUUACGAAUGCGAGCAAUCUACAAAAAUGGAUCAAGAGGAAUCGCGCGAAGUAUUUAGCAGCCUCUUUGCCGAAUUGAGAAAUCGGGAUUGCGUAAAGAAAGUACAAAAACCGAAAGUUUCAACUGAAUUAAUGGUUCUAGAGGAAAGAUUGGAUCACGAAAAAUCAGCCAUUGAUACGGAGAAGAAAAGUGUCUCUACUCUCAUCGAUGUAAAAGAUUUUGUUGAUUCCGAUGAACAAUCGUUGAAACGCGAAAACAUUGUACAGAGAGAUUAUUGUACAGAAGUCGAAAUUUUGGAAGGCAAAGUUAAUGAUCUUUCAUUCGAAUUGUCGGAAGGAAAGAAAAAUAUCGAUGAAUCCGACGACGAUUCCUUUAAGACGGCAAUGUCCGUUCAAGAAGACUCACAAUUUUCAGAAGGCAAUUAUGAUUCUUUAGAAAUUUUAAAAUUGACUAAUACGGAAAAUAAUUUGGACAAAAUCAUCGAAUUAAGUUCAGUAAAAAAUGAAAAUAUCGACCAUUCGAUAGACAAUCGUCAAAAGGAAGUAAUGUUAAAUAAAGAGCAUAACGACGCGAUUUACGUGGAUAAGAUCAAUGAUGAAACAGAAAAACUUUUAGAUAAAAUGGAAAUAUUGGCGACAAAGCGAGGAUUUUCAGCUGGAACUGAAAAAUCUAAUUCUCAAGUGAAAUCGCUUGUUCGAAAGAUGGAUCAUUUAUCCUUAGAAAGAACGAGUCGCUCUUCAAGAUUGAUAGGUAAAAGAAUUCGUGAAGCGGAAGAUAUCGAGGUCAGCAACAAAAAAUCUUUCCUCAUCGAGAAAAUAAGUCCCGGAAGAAAAUCGCCGGAAGAACGCAAAUCUCGUAGUCAAAUCUCUGAGAGAUGCAGGCAACAUUUAAUAAAAGAAACAAAAAAAUUCGCAAAGAAAGUUUCGCCGUUGAUUGACACAUGCAUAACAAAUUUGAUAAAAGAAGCAGAAAACGCGGGCGAAAAGUCGCAAUGCUAUAAAUAUGAGCGUAGAAGUCUCGGAGAAUAUCUGCCAUCUGAUUUCGUUUCGAUGAUGGAUCUUAGUAAACCCGCGGGCGAUUUUAAAAAACGAGAUAAUUGUCGUGAUAAGUAUGGCGAUAAAUCCAGCGAUGUAACAGAUACAUAUUCUGAAAGACAAGAAUUAUCGAUAGGACAAACGUUCAAUUUAGAAUCUACUAAGUCAGCUAAUUCCGAUAUCCAAUCCCUUGCUAAUCUUUUACGCCAAUCCGAAAACUGUAAACCGGAAUCAACUGCAAUAAAUGAUAAUAUAUCACUUUACAAAGAAUUUUGUGAUCAUUUACACGAAUUAGAGAGCAAAAAAGAAUUGUUGAUUAAGCCAGAUUUCACAAUAGAUCAAGACUCAAAAGAACUGUUGUCUGAAAAUAAAUUAUCACAAGAAACAGAAUGUUCCAUAAAGAAAUCAGUUAAACCGCUGAUCGAAGUGAUUUCUACAACGUCUAAAGAUUCUGAACAAUCUUUCGAACAAAAAGAAAUUAAGCAACACUCGCACAACUCACAAACUACUUUCCAUUGUCAACAAAACAAUGUUGUCCUCGGAGAGUCCAAAGAGAUGGUUCAGAUUACGGAUGAUUUUGAAGAGCAUAUUAAUCAAGAAAGUGCACUUAAUUCGAAAAAGGAAAUAAAAGUCGAAACGUGUUCAACAUCAUGUUCAGUAGAAAUCACAGAAUGCAAGAAAGAGUGUGUAUUGCCAAAUGAAGAAUGCAAAACUGUCACGACAAAUAUGAAAAAGAGUAUAGAAAUGCAAGUUGCACAGGAGAAUUAGAAUAAAUCAAAGUUUAACUACAUUAUUCUUAAGUAAACAAUUAAUAUAUUUAACGCAUGUUGAAUGCAUGAGGAUAUUGUAAAACAGGAAAUGAACUUUACUUUUGAAGAAGCAAGUUUUCACAGAAUAGAGAUUUUGUUAAGUGAUAUAACGUUAGUUUAAGUUCAUAUAGAAUGUUCAAUAUUUCUCUUGCUCUUCUGUUUUGAAAUAAAUAUAUUACUUUCAUAAAAUUCGUUAUAAAUGCGGGAAUUUCGAAACUUCGUCGAAAGAAACGACAGGUGGUGGAACGGGUCGACCUUCUACUACGUACACUUUAUUUUUGUGUCCACACUCACAUCAAUUAUAUAAUCAUAAUAAUCAUAAUAACCAUAAUAAUAAUGACAAUGACGGUGAUGUCGAUGAACCGUAAUUAAUAAUAGCAAUAAUAAUUAAUCUGUAAUUAUGUGCAAUGAUAAACGGUCGCACGCGAAAGAAAUGGUAAUCUGUCACGUUUAAAUAUAUUAUAUCUUUACCGUAUCGCCUCUCUCGUCAGCCUAUGGCUUCCAAACAGAUCCUAGAUGGAUCUCGGACCGCUUAUUCCUGCAGAAGCUAUCAUCUUGUCACUUGGCAAGAAGCUCUUGAUAUUAUAAUAUCUUUAUAUAGAGUGAUACCGCGUGUAAAACGAAAUUGUCCCCCUUUGUCGUCAGAUUUCUUUCGUCUCUAUCACUUCCCGUUUUUUUCGCGCACUUUAUCUUGUUACUUAUAAAAGGGAUUUAUACGAAUGUAUAUCCCUCCUUCAUCCCAAACAAACAUAAGGACUACGUAUCCGCUAUAGGAUCGUUUAUAAUAAUAGAUUUAUAAAUAUGCAUGUAUAUAUCACCUCGCUCCUCCGCACAGGCACGCAAAAAUCAAAUUUGGUAUCUUGUUUCUGUUUUUUUUUCUCUUUUUUUUGUUCUCCUCUCUCCUCACACUCUUACGUAAGUUAAUUGUAGUUCUCAUGCGCCUCUUCUCUUUCUCGCUCGCAUUCUCGUUUGCUCCCUAUAAUUGUAAGUUAUUCUUCGGAACGUGUGUCUCUCGAAUGUCGAUCAAGUGCGGAUCAGUGAGAAUGAGAGAAUCGCGACGAUUCGGGAUAUUAGGUUUUCUCUUGUGUGAACGUGUGACUCUUGUCGUCAUCGCCCAUCGAUCGGCGCUUCAUCGACACUUACACGUCUCUUUGGGUUUAUCGUUUCGUACUAUCGUUAUCGCGAUCGCAUUUAUGGUUGUUAACCGUCGCGGUUAAUGGAUUAUUUGAUGUAUUACAGUCCUUACACCUUACGACUUAUGGUUUACGUUACAGAGAGUAUCUUACAUGCUAAGUUUCUCUUUCCAAGAAUUGGAAAGUUUCCCGGUUUUUUUGUUCUUUCUUUUGUCCCUUUGUUGUAGGGUCAUCAACUUCAUCGUCUAAUACGUACAGUUCGUCGAUAUUAAAAUCGAAUGGCGCCUUUGUGAGAAACGUGCUUCUUAGUAUCUGCUUUAUUCCUCAAGGGAAAAUAUAAAAGAAGCAAUUAUCCUCAGACACAGACUUAAUGCCGGUUACCCUAAUUUGCAAUCACGAAGUAAAAGCAACGAAACUCUGUGUCAUACCUGUCGUCAUCUUUACUUUUGUUUAUUUUGCAACUUGGUUAUUUAUAAUAGAUCGUUUAAUUAUUUUGACACUGAAAAAACGCGUCAGUCUUUUGCUCUGAUGCAAUAAAAAUAAAUCCUCUCCCACCAUUUCUUCCAUCAUACUUUUUCUCAUACUUGUUCCCGGUUCGGACGAAGCUUCGUCGUAACUUAAUGAUUAAAAGCGAUGCACUUUUAUUUUGUAAAAAGGGCGCGAUUUAACGCCCUCGUGAAUAAAUUCUGGCAAACUUUGUACUUUGAUAAUUAUUUUAUAAGUAACAUUAUGAUUGUAACAUCGCGGAAAACUGGGAUGAAAAGAGAAAGAUAAGUAAAGCAAUAUUAAUUUUAUAUCGAAAAGAUAUACAAAUCAAAUGUUUAGUCUCAAGAUAUGUUUCGAAUAUCAUUGAAUGACAUUAUCUAACGUGUUAAAAUAGAUUUUGUUUUAUCUUAAAUGGGAUUAUACCGUAUUUAAUUUACGUUAAAAAACAUGAAAAAGUUAAAGUGCACAAAAAUACAGCAAGAUCAUCAAUUCCCCGCUUUUCUCCUUCAUGAUUGCAGAUCGAAUGCACCAGACUUUCGUAACGCUAGAUUUACAAUAAAAUCACGUAAAAAUCGUUAGACGAUUUAAGGCGCGUGUCUAAAAGAAACUGUACAAAACCAUAACGUUUCAGUGAUGAAGUUCAUAAAAAAUGCCGUUCUCUCAUUUGAAUUUCGGAUCGUUAUUAGAGUUAUCACGUCUUAUGUCAAUGGAAAACGCUGUGAAGGAAUCGAUUUCACGCUUAAUAUUAAUAACACGCUUAAUAUUAAUAACAAAAAGUUUGUGUCUCAAAUUCGCAAUUCGUUUAGAAGGAUUCGCACUCACGUUUGCAUGCACAUUUUUUAAAGAUAUAUUUACGUCUGUAAUAAAAAAAAAUUUUACCAAUCGUGCGCUCAUCGUUUCCUCGACACCAGUUUGCGAUGUUUUUUUUUUUUGGCAUAAUAAUCAGGCGCUAGAAUGCAAUAAAUGAUUUGUAACAAAACGCAGUUGGCAAUUGAAUCUUUAAUCAAUAUUCAUAUACUUGCGAUGAUUUCGACAAAUAGUCAAAUAGUUUAUCGCAGCCUCCACUUAUUGCAGAUCUGAAACGCAUUCGAACUUACACCGUUACACCUGUCAUCUUAAAUUAUAGAGAGAAAAACGCGCAAAAGAGGCGGUCAAGCGAUUUUCUCGUUUAUCCGUUCACAUGCAAACCAUGCAAGAGAUUUUCGAAAUAAAAUAAUUAAUCAAAAGCUCCUACUCAUUCAGCGCAAUUUUUAUUACGCAUUAUUUAUGAGAAAAGCUGCAACGAGGGAAUUUAGAUACGUUCUCCGAGAUGAUUUUUAAUUGUACGCGAAUCCUUUUAAUUAUGCUCAUCGAAUAAAUGGGCUAUACCGCUUGAUUUUCUACAUAGGUGAUCUAUUUGAUGACCAGUGAACGGAAGCAGAUGAUUUUUUUAUGCUCGCUUUUAAAUCAUCUUUAGGUUGUUUUUCGCGUGAGCUUCACUAUUGCGGAAUGUUAUCAGAUAUCAUAUUACCUUGAUGACUUUUCUGGCAAAAGUUUAAGUAAAUAGAUAUUACAUAGCAUAAAAAUGUAAUUAUAUGUAUGUGUGAGUAAACAGAGAUCUCAAUU